AUGGUCGUGACGACCGCAGACUUCAAUGAGGACAAGUACCGACUGCUGCAACUGAAUCCGGAGAUCGAGCAGGCCAUCACCAGCGGCAGCAAAGUCUUUAUCGUUGGCGCACCGGACGCCCGAGCAGUGCUGUGCACCCAAGACAAGUCGUACUACAUCAAGAAGGAGGACACGUCCAACCUGAGGCUAUUAACGACUCACACGGACUGGAGCGGGCCGGAGCAGACCACGGGCAAGCGCACGAUCGAAGUGUCAGGAGCUGCUCGCUUCCACUACCUGCUGGAGCAUAAGGCCCCCGAUGCCACGCAGUUGCGUGCGUUGCUGCUGGAAGCUCCGUACGAGAAGCCCCAGCGUGCUGCCGAGACCCAAGCCAAACGCGCUAAGCUGCACAAGUUGUACUCGACCAGUGACCUGGUGGCUGCGCUGCAAGUGAGUGAGCACGAGGUGCUGGAGAUGCUGAAGGAGGUGCACGCGUUUGAGGAGGCGGGGAGCUGGAGGCUGCUGGGACCGAAGUACCAGUCGCAGGUGUUCACGGACAUGCUGGAUGCCAUCGUCCAGCACGACUGGAAGGUGUUGUCGGAGCCUGGAGUGCCUGUGAAGAAGUUCCUGGCGGAGCUGGACGAGCCGCUCGUGGCAGUUCGACAGUGCUGCAAGCUGUACGGCUCGCUAGCGGAAGUUAACGGCGAGGACCACUGCACGCUGGACCCUGUCAAGGUGGCUACAUUCCGAGCGAAGUCUUUAUUCGACGAGCAGGCAGCAGAGGCGCAGUUCCAAGCGCAGCAGCAGCAUGUGGCGCUGAAUCCCGCCGACGCCGGUUGGGAACUGGACAACUUCAUGGACAAGUGGAAGGUCCGGGUGCCUGACAGCGUGACCGUGAGCUUGGACAUGCUCAGCGGCCUGGUGCUUGUCAAGCCGCAGGCGGCAGGCAAGCCUACGCGGGUCGUGUACUUCCCUGAAGAAGAACUCUCGCCCGAGCCCAAGAAGCGAUUCGAGCAGCUUUUCAAGAUGCAGGAGAAGUGGACCAUCAAGCAGCUCGAGCCCUACAUCAAGUCGUUAGUUACGCCCAGCACGACCCAAGCUUCGCUGCUGCUCAAGCACACGCGCUCGUCGCGACAAGGCAACUCGACCGAGAAGCUCUACAGUCGAAGAUAA